CAUGUCCAAUGACAGGAGAUUGGGCAGCUCUUAAUUUCUGUUGUCGUGAUUCGUUUAGAAAAUUAUUUAUCUUUGGCGAAUAAGUUCAGUUUACUUUAACUAUUUAUUCCGGUUUAAUUAGUUGUAUUGUGAGAAUACGUGUUUGAAAAAUAUAUAUUGAUUAUUGUUUCUGCAUACUGUUUUAAUAACAGGUGAUGGAUGCUUACAGCAAAUUUACGCGUUUCUGUUAAAGUUAAAUAAAAAGGAAAGUUCAUUAGCUAGAAAUGGCCACAAAACGUACGAAAAGACCUGCUCCUCAGACCAAAUACAGUGAGCAGAACCGCUUCAUGGAAAAAUUAAUGGCGAAAAUAUUUAGUUUCUACGACAAAAAGUCUCUAACCGAUGUGACAUUUAAAGUUGCAAACCCAACGGCUCUUGUACCCGCGCAUCGUUUGAUACUCGCAGCAGCGAGUCCCUACUUCGAGAACCUUUUCAAAGGCAAUAAAGGCAAUAAUCCUAUCAUCGAGAUACAUGAUGUAGAUAGCGAUAUUUUUGAGCGUCUAAUAACCUUUUGCUACACCGGUCAAGCGCUGAUUACCGCUAACAAUGUCAGUGCUAUGGUAAAGGCGGCAAUCGUUUUGCAAUUGGACGAUGCCUUGACCAGUUGUGUGGAUUAUCUUAUGACAGAAAGCGAUGAAUACACAUUACACGAUGCUUAUAUGCUGGAGCGAGAAACGCAAAGUGAACUUCUUAAGCAGAAAUUCAUCGAAUACGAAAUACAGAAUUUCAUGGAGAUCAGCCAAAGCGAUGAGUUUCUGAAUUUUGAUGUUGAAAGAUUGAAAUAUAUUCUGGAAUCUGACAAUUUGAAUAUAACUUAUGAGGAAGAUGCCUACGAUGCCAUAAAUCGCUGGUUCAAUUACGAUGUUUCUGCACGUCAAGAACAACUACCACUUUUAUUAGCUUGUCUCCGGCUUCCGCAAUUCAGUAUGGAUUCUCUGUUGACACACAUAGAGCCAUUACCUGCUGGUGAUCCACUGGCCUUCAAGCCGUUAUCCGAGGUCAGAACGCCUGCUGCACGGACAGCGUUCCCACGACGAUCGGGUCUACGUAAAGUACUGUCAACUCGGCGGAAUUCUGCCGCUACAACUAACACAAUAAUACGUACAAAGAAAUAUAAACGAUCUCCAAAACCAAGCGAGCUUAGUGCUGGAAAUUGUGUGAAAACAUUGCUGGCAUUUUGCUCAGGGACGAAUCCAAAGCUGCUGCAAUAUAAUAAAAUUGAGGACAAGUGGCAAGAAUAUGCGAGCAUAAAAUGCGACUACAUUUGUUAUAGAACUAUUUUAAAGGAUGAUAAUAUAUUAUUUAUUGGCGGUAAUAAAAGUGGUGUCACAUCCAACAUCGUCCGCAGCUGGAAUAUACGGAAAAAGACAUGGCAACAAUUGAAAUUGCCCGCAAUGAAACAAGCAAGAACCUCACACUGCGUUGUCGAAUUAGAUGGUAAGAUCUACGCGAUUGGUGGUUUUGGGGACAAUAAAAUUCUGCAGUCGGUAGAAAGAUAUACGGCAUGCGAUGGCUGGGAGUACGUGCACAGUCUGAUUGUUGGACGAGAAGGUGCCGGAGCAGUGACUUUUGGUGGUAAAAUUUAUAUAAUGGGUGGUUAUAGUGACGGUGAAGAAUUGAAAUCCGUCGAGUGCUACAAUUCGGAUUCAAAUACUUGGACUCCUUGCGCGGAUACGAUACUACAUCACUCUUUACCUGGUGUAGCUGCACAUAAUGGUCACAUUUAUGUUUUAAGCAGUAUCGGUAUUGAACGAUACGAUCCUCAACAAGACACAUGGUCACAGAUUUGCUCUAUGGAAGUUGGCCGUGGUCUUAUAGCUUGCGUAUCGCUAGAAAAUAAACUGUGGGCUAUUGGUGGCAUCUCCCAAACAGGCGGAAAGGCAGAGUUUAAUGACUGUUGGGUGGAAAGAUGCUCAUUACAGACAAAUGACGUUUAUAACUGUUUUGUUGUGCCUGAAUCCUUGCUGUCGUCGAAAUGAUUCAAUAAUAAUAUAAUUAUUGUUCCUUUUUCGAUUUAAGUCCUCGUUUAAAAUAAAUACUUUUAUAAAAAUAA